AUGGACACGCGACCGAGGAAGAGACAGAAGAGGAUCACGGGCUUAAACUCGGAUGAUGAGGGUCCUCAAGAUGCAAAUACUACCGCAGUAAAGCGUGCUCAAUCGAAGACAACACCUGCCGCAACAGAAGUCAGAGAUCCUCCACUAUCUUUGCCCGUAAGAAAACGAGCCAAGGCGUCUAAAGAUGGAGAAGCGAAAGCCGUAUCUUCAAAAGCUACAUCGAGUCCUCGGAAAUCGCGUUCUAAAGCGGCUGUGAAUGGAAGCCCUAACGCAAGGCAGCAUAAUGCGGCAGGGUCAAGACCUAUAUCUACCUUUUUCAGUACCACAGCUGCAGCUGUUACAAGACAGCAUCAUGUGAGCAAUGAUUCGCAACCGGCCGUACAUAUCUCUGCCGACUUUGAAGAAGAGGAUGAUAUUGAGGAUGAUCUGCUCAUGGAGGCCGCGAGUGGCUUCUUGUCGACCGCUGCGACCACGCAAAGUCAUCAUCAUAGCUCGCAGCAGCUGAAUUCAAACGUGAAGAGACCACCGAGUCUCACUCAGGCUUUCAAGCUUCCUGCGAGGGCCGCCAUUGAGCCGAGAUCACAGGACGUUAGACAUAAAGAUGACUUGGACAAACGGCCGUGGGUGGAGCGGCUUGGUCCGUCGACGCUGCAAGAGCUUGCAGUGAAUAAAAGAAAGGUCGAAGACGUCAAAAUAUGGCUUGAGAGUGUGUUCACUGGUAAAGUACCUAAGAGGUUACUCAUCUUGAAAGGCCCAUCAGGAUCCGGGAAGUCUACUACGAUCGAUCUGUUGGCAAAGACAAUGCACAUUGAUCUGGUGGAAUGGAGUAGCCCAGUGGGCUCUGAUUUUUCCUCUGAAGGUUAUACGCCUAUGUCCGCUCAACUCGAAGAAUUCGUGAGGCAGAGCGGGCGUUUUGGCGGACUGGAAUUGUCAGUGGCUGGACAGCCAUUUCAGCCCAGGACGAAAGUCAAUGCACACGCACAAGUACCCCUUAAUCGUCAGAAAAUCACCGUAUUGGAAGAAUUCCCAACAAACCUCGUUCAUGAUUCCACCGCUUUGCGAUCCUUUCGUUCUUGCAUUCUGCAGUAUCUAGCAUCUACCACGCCUGUUCAAGGUCAUUUUUCAAGUAAGGUCAGGUCGAAGAGUGAUCCAAUCAUCCCACUGAUUCUUAUCCUGACCGAAAUACGUGUAAGUUCUGAUGGUCCAGCUAGUGACAGCUUUACGGCCCAGCGAUUGCUAGGCCCAGAGAUUCUCGCUCAUAGCGGUCUGAGUACCAUUGACUUCAAUGUCAUUGCUCCAUCUUUUCUUGUCAAGGCGCUUGAGCUUGUACUUCGAAAGGAGGCCAGGGUGACCGGGCGGUUGCAGAAACCUGGCUCUGAAGUACUCAAAAGAUUAAGCGAAAGCGGAGAUGUUCGUAGUGCCAUCAGCUCCCUGGAAUUCCUUUGUGUCCAUGGCCACGACCCAAACUCAAAUACAGGGCAGCCUAGGAGCACUAUACUCGCUAAAGAAGCAAUGGAGCUAGUGACUCAACGGGAGUCUACUCUUGGCCUCUUUCAUGCUGUAGGCAAAGUCGUCUACAACAAACGCGAAGAACCCAGGUCCUCCGAUCUUCAGGAUGUCCUACCUCCCUCACACCUUUCCCACCUCGCCAAACCCCGUUUAUCAGAAGUCUUCCCUGACACACUCAUCGAUGAGACCGGCACGGACACCUCCACUUUUCUCGCCGCCCUGCAUGAAAACUUCGUAACCUCCUGUGAAGGCUCCACCUUCAUCGACAUCUUCAACAGCUGUCUUGACGCCCUUUCCUGCGCCGAUCUCCUCGAAGUUCCCCGAGGAUUCCGCCCUGGAUCUUUCGGUAGAUACCAAGGCGCAGGCUCCGACAGUAUCAAACAGGGAGAGAUGUCGUUUCAGCUAGCUGUCAGGGGCUUGUUAUUCUAUCUGCCAGACCCUGUGAAGAGGGGUGCUCUACCGAAUGGUAUACCGGGCCGUAAGGCCGGGAAGGGAGAUGCGUACAAGAUGUUCUAUCCCACGAGUGCGAGGCUGGGGAGACAAAGGGAGGAGAUCGAUGAUGCAGUUGACCGCUGGAUCGCUAGGGCGAGGAUGGGCCUGGAAGUUGACGGGGCAGCGGAGACAGUGAUGAGAAGUAUCGGAAUGACAAAGACGGAGUUGUUGCUGGAGCGACUUCCCUAUAUCGCGAGAUUUAGAAAAGGGAAAGCUAAAAGGGAUGUGGAGCUCGAUAGGAUCACGCAAUUUCGAGGCCUGAAGCUGGAUGCAGAGGCCGGCGAAGACGAGGUGGUCAGCGUGGAGCCCAUUCCUGGUCAAUCUAAGGGAUUCUUUGGUAGUAUUGGGAGCACAAGCUUCGAUGGCCCAAUCGAAGGGGAAAGGAAGUUGUAUCUGUCGGACGACGACAUUGAAGAUUAA